AUGUCAAACGAUCCCUCCGUGAGGCGCAUCUUGCCUCAGAGCUCCCAGAUGGGCAGCUUCUCUUUCGCACCUCAGCAGUUCCCUCAGAGGGAAACCCAAAAGAAUUAUGUUUUCGUUGACGAACACAAUCGUCAUAAACGAUUAAAGGUGAUGAGAGCUUGUGAAGGAUGCAGAAGAAGAAAGAUCAAGUGCGACGCGGCCACGACAAAUACCUGGCCCUGCUCGGCAUGUAUCAGACUCAAGCUUCAUUGUGUCCGUCCCAACGGCCAGUAUGAUGGCACUUCGAACGACGCCUAUGAGCCUGUUGGAGAUGAAUUCGCUGCCGCGUCUUCGCAACUGCAGAACAUCCGCCAGCAAGUUCCCAUGCAGCAACCGUCCAUGAUGGCCGGCGGUCAGAAGCCCAACCCUUCAAUGUAUGCUGCACAGGGCGCAUAUUCGGAUCCCAACGUCUUCCCACCUGUGCACUACUCGGAUCAGCAUGCUCAUCAACACAAUAUGCAUUACACCACCGUAUCCCCCUCGGUAUCGAUGAUGGAACAGUCUUACGCCGGUCAGAAUGUCUUCCCAACGCCACCUCUUCAGCAAAGCCAACGUCCGGAUUCUCCACCCGACACCUACUCCAAUGACGGCUCGUAUCAGCAAUCGGAUCUUGCUGAUCUUUUGGGCUCCCUGAAGGUCAACGAAGCAGGAACAGCACCGUAUUUGAGGAACAAGGCCUCUUUUUUGCAUGAUGAGGAGCCUGCUGUUGAAGACGAGGAGUACAAGACCCCCCUUCCGCCUAUGAUCACCGGCCCGGGCCUCAAGAUUCGUAUUCCACCCGAAUUGAUGCCAGAUGACGAGACCGUCAUGCACUACUUCGACCUCUUCUUCAGCCACGUGCAUCCCUAUGUCCCUGUCCUCAGUAAAAGCGUGUUUUAUCAUCAGUGGAAUACGAAUAGAGAAUCGGUAUCGCCUCUCAUUCUCGAGGCCCUUUUCGCCAUGGGUGGAAGGCUAGCCGACGAUCCUGCUCAAGGGCAGCAAUGGCUCGCUUUGGCAACCAAGCACGCCGACUCCUUUAUGGACGUACCGAGAUUGAGCACGCUACAGGCCUUGCUGCUUAUCUUGAAAGCUCGGGAGGCAGCACCCAAGCGCGGUUACUACUACCGUUCGUGGAUGACGAUUGUUCAGUGCGUUCAAAUGGGCAAGGAUCUCGGCCUGGACGAGCACUACUCGGACCAUCAAGCGGGAAGGCCAUGUGGCUCCUCUCUCUUGGACUGCCAAAUGAAGAGUCGGAUCUGGCAGUCCAUAUUCGUAUGCGAAACCAUGAUUGGGUCUCCUCAAGGCCGAACCGAUCUCGCCGUUGAGCUGGAUUCAAUUGAUUUUAGCGUCCCCCGUCCAAUCCCUGGGGGCGACGACUCUGAGUACCACACUACCCGGAACUUCACCUAUUUCGCACGAAUUGUCCGCAACGUCAGCCGCAUGAACACCGCCUAUGGCCACCUCAAGAAGAAGAAGACGAAGGACUGGGGUGUUGAUCCCGAGUUUGUGCAGCUCAACCCGGCCUUGAAUGCCUGGUUGAACGACCUCCCAGCGGACUUGUCGGUUACUUUCCCGCCCGAUGGCUCGCCACCAUGGCUUUCGUCACCCUACAUCGGCAACUUGCAUUCCUACUACUAUCUGACUCUGAUUCUGCUGCAUCGACCACAGCUGAAUUUCCUGGACCCCAACGCACAGGAUGGGCAAUGGAAGCAGCACAUGAUGAUUUGCUACUCAUCGGCCAAGGCUCUUUGUCGGCUCCAGGAGGCGGUCUUGAAUUCGUUUGGAUUUCCUGGACUACAAUGCAUGCUUCGUGGAUUCAGCUUCACCGUCUACUGUGGACUGUGUUGCAUCGUACUCCAUCUGGUGGCUGUCGUCUCUCCAGAUCCUGAUCUGAACACUGAUGCGAGAGAGUUUUUCACGCGGCACAUGCGGGUGCUCGAACGAGUCAUGUCGGUUUGGCCAAUGGCAGACCUCCAGAAGCAAGUCGACGCGGUGCGCGAAGCGUUUUCUGCUGACGUCAGGAAACCCUUUGUUCUCAAACCCAGCUUCCCAUACGGCAGUCCCCAGUCAUCCAACCAUUCCAGUCCUCCUAGGGGCUACAGGCCGGGUAUGGCUCGCACUGCUUCUUUGGAACACCAGUUGGAUACGCAGAACCUUCAACACUCCCAAGUCAGUUAUACCAGCCAUCCCAUUACACCUCCUAUUUCUGCCGGACCUGUGGAUACCAAGAGUGACUCGCCUGCUAUACAGUCGCUCGUCAUGAUGGCAAGCCAAAGUUCCCAAGCGCCGGGAAUGCAGCAAACAAUGUCGCUGUCGGACGCGCCGGCUUGGAACCCUGCGCGUAUUUUUGAACAAUGGAACACGUCUUUCGGUACGCCUCAGGUCCAACCACAGCCUUCGACGCUGCCUCCCCAGUCCAAUUCGCUUAGUGUUUCUCCGUCUUCAGGUGCACCCGAAGCCCCGUCUCUCCAAGACAUUCAGGCUGUCAAUGCCACUCUUCCAGUGGCCUCUCAACAGAUGGCGCAACAAUACUCUGCAGCCCCUGUGCAGACGUUUGUCUCGCCGGCUAUGUGGCAGGAGUCCGUGGCGAGUGUCUACGAAGGCGGUCUCAAGCGGGGCUGGGACUACGAUGGGAGUGGUCCUAUGAUGAAACGGCGAUGA